AAAUAUAAUGAUGAUAAGGCAACAAAUGGAGUCAUUAUUGGUAUUGAUAUAAGCGGAGAUCCAAAAUAUGACGCACGGAAGUUUUUGCCGCUUCUGCGGAAAGUUAAGGAUGAUUUCCCCGUCAUUGCAUUUCAUCUAGCUGAGAUGAAAGAAUACAUGGAUGAAGUCGAGGAAUGCGUGUUAUUUGGGCCUACUCGAAUAGGACAUGGGACGUUUUUGCAUAAAAUUUCAGACGAAGCUCAGCUUAAUAGGAUUUGGGAGUAUUUAUACAAAACUCGUAUCCCAAUAGGUUUUUUCUUUGUUUCAUUGUUAGGUUCGAAAUUGGAUAGUGGCGUGUGA